AUGUAUGUUCAAUGGAACAGCUUCAAUGAAGCCUGGCGGCCAACUCCGUCGUCGGGAGAUCGCAAAUCCGGGCGCAUCCACUGGAGGUGGGUCUGCACUCCACGGGGACACGGGGCCAUCGCCACCGCUAUUGGUGAGCGAAAAGGACAAGAACGCUGUAGGCCGAGCCGGUACUCGGAUUGUGGAGCCAAUCCUGCUUUCAAGGCCGAAGAGUGA